AUGUCAUCUGACAAGCUUUACAGGUGGGCACAGGUUGCAGCACUCUGCGGCGUAUCAAUUGAAGAUAUUGAAGAUCUACAGAUCACUCCUCAGGCAUCUGUGCGGUGCCAUGUGGGCCGAGAACAUAGCAUUUCCCGGCCACAGAUUGUAGUUAGCGAGUGGAUCAACGAGAACUACCUUAUCUGGACCCUAUGCGCCGGCCUCACAGAGUCCGGCCUUGACCAGGAUUGGACAAGCAGGUUUAACAUCCACUACCGCUCCCAGUGGGUUCAUAUCCAGAAGAUUGUGCAGUAUACUCAGGGAGUUCAACGGUUCCUACUAGAUAUUCGACCCCCACCUAUGCUGAUGGCUGUGUUCGCUCACGGCGAUGGGCCUGUGAGCCACUCCCAAGCCAUCAUGUCCACACCUGCUAGUACUCGGCCCAGUGGAGGUUUGCUGAAGCUCUUGCGGAAGGUGUAUCACGGAGGCAUGUCCCUGACUGACGCCUUCGUUGUAGUGCUCUAUGAAGCGGAUGUGACCGGAGUCGCGCCGGAGUCGCCCCCCUACUCCGCCCUGGGGUUGCCAGAUCCGCAUGCCGUCCCACUUUUGAACCUCCCUCCUCCGUAUGAGCCCAUUCCCGAGUCGGGCUUAGCAGGACUCCCUGAGCGCUAUCUCACUCCACCUCCUCCUUACCGAGGUACCUCCCCUGCUCCUCCUGAUUGGGACCCCUGA